AUGGGUUUACGGUCCUCAAAUAGACCGGCGACUCCUAGUCUUAUCCUUGCAAAUACCGAGGAGCUACAUGACGAGAUCGAGCGCCUCCGCACUCGACUCCGCGAAGUAGAGGAUGAAUCAAAGAAUCUCCGUCAGCGGUUAGAACAGCAGCAGGGGCACAGCCCUCCCAGUAUCGACACAGCGGCUAGUACCCCCGCCCUCAGCUCGGGUAGUUCAAGUAAUAAUGCACAGUCCCCGGGCACGGGUAAAACGGAGGAAGAAAAUCUUGUCGAUGCCUUCGACCACGAUGAUGAUCUAGGCACACUAACUGUGGGCCCGCGCGGCGAGACAAAGUUCUACGGGCCAACCGCCCGAUCCGAGUUCUUAGCAUAUGCGGUUUACCGACGAAUACCACCCAUGGCUUGUUCUUCAAAACUAACCCAGGACUUAUUGGACGCGGCAUCCGCUACUCCCAGCCGCUUCCCGUCCACAGUGGCCAUGAAUGACAAUAUCAAACAGAAACUUGAAGCCGCCCUUCCCUCCCUAACUGAGGCGUACAAGUUAUGCAAUUCCUUUUUAGAGGCUGGAAAAUACAUGUACUAUCCACUUCCCCGCAAGGAGGUAUUCGACGAGCUCCUGCCCAAUAUAUACGGAAGUAGCAACCCAACACAGGAUGUCCCCGACUCAUUGCCUCUCCUUUUCAUUAUCUUUGCCUUCGGGAUACUAGGGGACCUGUCAAAACCACUGGUCUUACAUCAAGCCAACGAAUUCUACAUGCUUGCGCGGGUGGCUCUGAACCUGAAGUCAACUCUCAGGGAUACGACUUUGCUUUGGGUGCAAGCACUGAUCUAUAUGGUACAGUAUGUUGAUAUAGUAGAGCUGGAAGGAACGAGUAUGCCUUGGAUAGACAUCGGCAUUGCUGUGAAAUACGCUUACAGCAUUGGUCUGAAUCUGAAAGGUUCCCGUUGGGGGCUUGAUCCAGACACUGCCAUGAGGCGCAACCGCACAUUCUGGCACCUGUUCAAGCUUGACACAUACAUUAGCUUCGGCUUCGGACGACCGCCUUCCAUCUCCCUCGAGUUUGUAGAAUGUGAUUUUCCUCCUGACAUUCCGGAAGUGACCGAUGAAAAUGGCACUCAAGAGAUAGGCUAUCAUACGUGGGCUUUGAAAUAUGCUCUGUUCCUGCGCAGCACAAUCAUGCCAGUAGCCCUCUGCGGGAAGGUACCAACUUAUUCCACAAUACUAGAUCUUGACAGGAGGAUCCGCGAGUAUCCUGUGCCGGUAUACCUGCGGCCUUCAUGCGCUUCUUUCAGGUCAACGGAUCCUAUGCAUUUCUUCAUGGCUAGGGGUGCCGUUCUGUACAGAAAAGAAAUCACGCUUCUUUACCUCCAUCGAGGCUAUUUCGCCCAAGCAUUACAGGAGAAACCGGAGGACCCAUUGCGGCAUAGAUUUGGCACUUCGGUCAUGGCUGCAUAUCGAUCCGCUUACAGGCUCAUUAUUGGGCUACGAGACUUGUUUGAUCUCAUUCCCGAUCCAAUGACGAGGAUUACGAUCCCUUGGUCGUAUACGGUCUCCGCAACCAUCGUGAUGUGUCUUUUGGUGACGAAGGCCAGAGUUGCAAGCUUAACGAAGUCAGCUCUAGAGCACCUGGAUAUCGCUCACAUUCUAUUCGGAAGGGUAGCUGCUUUAAACUCCGCGUUUGAUCAUAUGCGAGAAAUGAUGAAUAAAAUGCAUCAUCUGGCCCAUGCCGCGGCGAACAGGAUGUACUUCCAGCGCGCUGUGAUCGCUGAAUUGGAUCGCCUAGGGGGAAAGACUCGUUUCUUAUCCGGAAACGAUGUCUUCUGCCAUCAGACAAUUGUUACUGGCCUUGUCGCAGAGUCUAGCACGCCAGAAGUCCCCCUAGAGCAUGUAUCGCCCCCCGGGUCUGACGUCCCCUCAGACGCGUCGCUCAUGCUCAACAUUCCCGAGAAUGUGCAUCCAACGAUCACGCAAGAUCUUAUGAACUUCGAAUGCUUGACUGGAUCGACGCCCUACGAGUUCAGCAGGGAAUUAUACGACCAGCCUGUGGAGGAAGCUUCGACAGCUCCAAUUGGUCCCCCUGCCACAGACUUCGGGGACGGCUGGCACUUCGGCACCAUUGGAGGCGAUAGUCAACCACACCUCGAAUUCCACUUGGCCAGCCAACUUCAGCCAUCCUCAAAUGUGCUGGAUUCGACUUGGCAAGAUUUCGUUCAGCAGCUUGGGACGAAUGAUCUACUCUGA